AAAAGCCCGUCAGUGUAUGUUUUGUUUCCUGUGCGAAAAAAACAGCAAAGAAAAAAGCCUUCCCCGGAAAAUUCGAUCCAAAAGAUGCCCUGCUGCAUUGACCGGUGUCCAUCGGGUGGUGAGUUGCCGCUGAUAAAGUUCCCUUCGGAUCGCACCGUUCGCCAGCGUUGGCGGGAUGCCAUUCUGGCCGGAACGGGAACUGUGCCCCUCCCGCUCCGCAAACUACUGAACGACGUUGUUGAUAGGAAACCGGCCGUCACCGGCGGCCACGAGGAAGCGCUGGCACUUUGCCUGGGACACUUUCCGAACCCGAAGAGCCCCCGCUAUCAGGACCCGACGGUUUAUUUCGAUGGGAAGGGGAAGCUAACUAAGCUGGAAUGUUGCCGGUUGUGCCAACGAUUCUCGCCAGACUCCGGAAUGUUCGCCCUGGAUAAGGACUUUGGUGGACAGUGUCUCUACUUGGUGGUGUCUCAGACGACACGAGUUCGGCUCGACCAUGAGGAAUCUAAGUUCUUGUCCAUUUGCCAGGAAUGUUUGGUGAAGGUGGAUUUAAUCAGAACGGUUCAGAAUCGGUAUUUUAUGCUGAAUGCGCAUAGGAAUAAGCUAAUUAAUCUUGUGGAACCAUUGGAAACGAUGGAUGGAGCAGUUUUCCAGGACGAGAUUAAAGUAGAUCUCAAUGAGAUGGACGAUGAACAGGAGACGGUGCAUGUAAGCUUUCUGGUGGACACUAUCGAGAACCAUGACGCAGAAAAAGACCCGGAAGAUUCUUCGACAAACGACAGCGCAGAAACUGAGACAAAGGUUGAAUCAAAACCGAAGAAAUUACCUGCAAUACAGAAAACACCGAAGAAGCGAGGACCCAAGAAAAAAGACCGUCUAAAACCUGUUUCGAAGACGAUGUGGCUGCGCACGGAACUGACCAGGAAAUGCUACAUCUGCCCGGCGGAUUUCCCCGAUUCAGAGGAUUUGAUGGCCCAUUUAACCGAGCAGCACGCCGGGAAGAUCGAAUACAUCUGCCAGCAGUGCGACGGCAAGCAGCUAAAAACCGUCAAAUCAUACAACGUCCACCUCAGUCUGCAUGAUUCCAGCGUGCGGCCACUUCAGUGCAGCUUCUGCACCCUCCGGUACAGCACCCGGAAGGGUGUGGAAGUGCAUGAAAUGCGUGACCACGGCGCCUCGCACAACCACAAAAUACAGCCCAAGAGAAAACAGGAACACCAGUGUGAGCACUGUGGGAAAAUCUUCACAUCGAUCUCCAUCGUCCGGGAGCAUAAGCUGGUCGAGCACGAGCAGGGCAUAGCGGCCCAGUGCCGAAUUUGCCAGAAAACGUUCAAGCACAAGAACAAUCUGACGCGCCACAUGCUAACCCACACCGGGGAGCUUCCGCACAAGUGUGACCAGUGUGGGGUGCGAUUCAAGAUUGUUACCGAUUUGACGAAGCAUGUCCAGGGCGUUCACGAGGGUAUAAUGCCAUACUACUGUAAAUUGUGCGAUUUGCCGUUGAAGGAUAAGAAUUCAUACUAUCGACAUCGGACAGUGGUGCACAAGUCGAUGAAGGAUAGUGCCGGUCCACGGCGAUACAAAUGUAGCCUAUGCUCCACCACCUUCGACCUUCAAACGGAUCUCCAGCUGCACGUCGACGGAUCCCACGCCAACGAAGCCUAUCCCUACAAGCAGUGCACGGUCUGCCCGGAACGGUUCCUCACCAACAGCCAGAUGCAGUACCACAAGUACACGAAGCACUGCGAGCAACGAACGGCCCGGGCUACGAAGUUGCAGUGUGAGAUCUGUGGCGAACAGCAGCAAACCCGGUGCCACCUGGAUUCGCACAUGACCCGGAAACACGGCGCGGAGAAGCGGUACGUUUGUGUGGAGUGCGGAGCCCGGUUUACGGUGCAGGCGAACCUGGCACGGCACCGGAAGACGCACAACGCGGUCAAGCAGUUCGCGUGUGAGUUCUGUGCGAAAACUUUCAACCAGAAGGUGGCGCUGGACAAUCACCGGCGGUGCGCCCAUACCGGCGAGACGGCGUUCAAGUGCGAAACUUGCGGGAAGGGGUUCAAGGAAACGUCCACCUACUAUCGGCACAGGGUGGCGUGUCGGAAGGAGCGGCAAGGAGGGGACUAAUAUACGUGGUAGAUUCGGUUCAGUGCAACAA